AUGUCGACUAUCCCAACAACUGAAAUCAUUAUCCUCGACACUUCAGAGGAGUUUCGAAAGGACGUCUCAAUUAUAAGCCCUGCAUUCGACGCAGUUUCAAAGGCUGAUGGUUUCCAGGCGCCCGUCUACACUGGGAUACAGAUCGAGAACCCAACUACAGGAUAUAUCAUCCUCAACUGGGAAAGCAUGGCGCACCAUCAGGCGUUAAUGGAUUCCCCCUCGUACGGUUCUGUGCUUGAAGCUCUGAAACCCGCCUUUGGGGGUCCGUUCAAGAUGUAUCAUGUCAUUUUCAAUGAGCAUCCCAUCGCAUUACAACAGCCCGUCACACAGGUCCUCCUCCUCACGCUCAAAGAUCCCAGUCAUCGGGCAGAGGUAUUCGACAUCCUCAGUAAGAUAUCGGUCUUAAGCAAGAAGAUGCUCGUGUUUGGGCCUACACUGGAGAAUGAGAAUCAGAUUGUUCUUGUCGGCGGCUGGGCAAGCGUUGAGGCUCACUUGGAGAGGGUUGCCACUGAGCCGAAAGAAGUAGUCGAACGGCUAUUCGCUCUUGCUACCAAGGACCAUCAUUUCCAUGCUGCUUUGAGGCCAUAUGCAGGAAAAUAG